AAACAAUGGCCCAAGCUUCCAAGCUCAUCAUGUCUUCUUCCCAAACUUUCUCUAGAACUAACCCAAUCUCGAACUUGAACCAUCAACUUCGUCCCUCCAUAUCCAUCAAACCAGCCAAAUCAAACUCCAAAAUCAGCCAUUACACUUUGGAAAACUCAGCCAUUUUCAACCGUUCUUUGAUAAAAAGUGUAAGACUUCUUGGCAGAGGCUUCAACUUAGCUAAUCAAGCUCCACAAGUUUCGGCCUCAGAUAAGACAUUAGAGAAAGCUGAAGAAGAAAAAGCUGUCACUUCUUCUUGGAUUGAAGCAGUUUUCCCUGAAAAAGCUCGGCCUUAUGCCUACCUUGUCCGCUUGGACAACCCGACGGGGACGUUUUUAUUUGCAUGGCCAUGCUUGUGGUCGCUUGCAUUCACUGCGAACCCCGGCAGCCUUCCUGAUAUGAAGAUGUUGGCAUUCUUUUUCCUGGUGUCUUUUAUGUCAAGAAAUAUUGCAUGCACCAUUAACGAUUAUUUUGACAAGGAUUUUGAUGCACAGGUUGAGCGAACCAAAGGAAGGCCGCUUGCCUCUGGGGCAAUAACGGGAUUUCAAGCACUUUGUUUCCUUGGAAUUCAAGUGUUACUCGGAUAUGGAAUUUUUCUCCGAGUAAAUGAACUAAGCCGUAUUUUAUGGGUUUCAUCCUUGCCGUUGAUCUUCACUUACCCGCUCAUGAAGAGAAUUACUUAUUGGCCUCAAGCCCAUCUUGGUUUAACUGCAAAUUGGGGAGCUUUGUACUCAUGGGCUGCUGUUAAAGGAAGUCUUGAUCCUGCUAUUGUCUUCCCGGUCCUCGUUGCUUGCUUCUUCUGGACACUGGAGGUUGAUACAAUAUAUGCACAUCAGGAUAAAGAAGAUGAUGUGAAAGUGGGUGUCAAAUCUACAGCUUUGCUAUUAGGUGAUUCAACAAAAUUGUGGACUACUGGUUUUGGAGUUGCAUCCAUUGCUAGUCUUGCUCUAGCUGGAUUUAACGCUCACAUUGGAUGGCCAUUUUAUGUAUUGCUAGCAGCUGCAUCCGGUCAAAUAGCUUGGCAGAUUUGGGAUGUAGACUUAUCAAACCCAGCAGAUUGUUUCAGAAAAUUUGCAUCAAAUAGAUAUUUUGGUGCUGUUGUCUUUAGUGCAAUUCUGUUUGGAAGACUCUUGUCAUAAAGGCAAAGGAAAAUUGAAAUGAAAUAUAGCACAAGGGAGAGGUGGAUGAUGGUUAUAUUGUGCUUACAGUUUCAAUAGGAAGUUUAAGAUCAACAAAGCAUAAGCCGUCAUUUUAAGAUUAUUCAAAGAAGA